UGAAAGACGAAGCACAUGGACCACUCAUAUUCGUUUCCAAUUAGAAUAAAUGUUGUCCUUGACGACGUUGAGACCAAAUGUGGCGUGAAUCGAUGGAAACACCUCACACAUUCUUCAGCAACGCUAUCAUGCUCACUUUCUUGCUUCUCAAUUUGGCUUUGGGAAGAGUUGUCGGGGCCGAUACUUAUAACAGAGACGAUUUCCCGGCCGAUUUUGUUUUCGGUUCAGGCACCUCUGCUUACCAGGUGGAAGGAGCUGCUAAUGAAGAAGGAAGAAGUGAUAGCAUUUGGGAUACCUUUGCCCACGCUGGAAGAUGUGAUGCUAAUGGUGGAAACAGGACUUGAAGCCUAUAGAUUUUCCAUUUCUUGGUCCAGACUGUUACCAAAUGGUAGAGGACCCGUUAAUCCCAAAGGAUUGCAGUACUACAACAAUCUCAUCAAUCAGCUAAUCAGCAAUGGAAUCCAACCACAUGUCUCGUUACACAACUACGAUCUUCCACAGGUUCUGGAAGAUGAAUAUGGAGGAUGGGUUAGUCGUGACAUCAUAAGAGACUUCACAUACUAUGCUGAUGUGUGUUUUAGAGAGUUUGGCGACAGAGUCUUGUAUUGGACGACUGUCAACGAACCCAACAUUUUUGCCAUGGGUGGGUAUGAUCAGGGAACCUGCCCACCUCUACGAUGUUCUCCCCCAUUUUGUGCUAUAAAGAACAAUAGGGGUAACUCGACAUAUGAACCCUACUUGGCAGUUCAUCAUAUUUUGUUAGCUCACUCUUCAGCUGCCAGAUUGUACCGGAGAAAAUACUCGAACAAACAACAUGGAUUUGUUGGUAUCUCUAUCUUCUUGUUUGGACUUUUAUCUCAAACAAAUACAGAGAAAGACAGGGCAGCAACUCAACGAGUUCGUGACUUUAUGGUUGGUUGGGUUAUGGAACCCUUGCAGUAUGGAGACUAUCCAAUUUCCAUGAAGAAAAAUGCUGGUAUAAGAAUUCCGGCCUUCACAACUCGUGAAUCUGAACAACUCAAGGGUUCAUUUGAUUUUAUAGGACUCAUUCACUACACCAAUAUCAACAUCACAGACAAUUCUGACGUCCUUAAGAACCAACUGAGAGAUUACGCCGCAGACAUGGCUGCGAAGAUUGUAGGAACGCAUCUGUUUUCAAAUGAAGAGUACCCUAUCACACCGUGGGUUAUGCGAGAAGAAUUGAAUAAAUUCAAGCUCCUUUAUGGCAACCCUCCUAUAUUCAUUCAUGAAAAUGGUCAACGGACAGCAAGCAAUUCGUCACUACAAGACGUGUCAAGGGUGAAAUACUUGCAUGAAUAUAUUGGUGGAGUGCUUGAUGCCUUGAGAGAUGGAGUAAACAUAAAGGGGUAUUUUUCCUGGUCUUUCCUGGAUUUGUACGAGUUGUUGGAUGGAUACGAAGCUAGCUUUGGCCUAUACUAUGUUGAUAGGGAUGAUCCAGAGUUGAAGAGACACCCAAAGCUCUCUGCAAAAUGGUAUAGCCGAUUUUUGAAGAACAGAAGCACUUCUAUAGUUGGAACUGUUCAACUUGAGACGGAUCCCUCACUCGUUUCAAUUGGGCAUUUAUUUGAGUAGGUUCUUUGUCUGUUAUCACGAAUAAUCCAUUGCACAGAGGUGUUAUUAGUAUGCGUACUUUCCCUUAAAUACAUAAGAAUAAGAUACCUGGGCAUAUUUCAAUUCA